GGGCGCGCGCUGCCAUUCCGACACUCAUCCCCUGUGUGACGGCACGAAGCGCACGCGGCGACAACCCCCAAAUAUUAACCGUUAAAACUCCGCCCACCCCCCCACAAAAAAAAGGAAAAAACAAAAACAACCCCGACGUUGCUCUCCGGUCUUGGCUUAGACUCAAACACACCACCGACCGCAGGAGGGAAGGACUGUCGGACGGUAAAGUGCAGCUGUUAACGCCACGUCGACUAAAACAAACAAAGUAAAGCUUAAACAGUUGUUUCUCUAUUUCUUUUGAUUUGUCGGUCUGAACCGGAGUUUUAACAGCGUGAACAAUGCUGGACCCGUCCUCCAGCGAAGACACCGGCGGGGAGUCGGACCCAGAAGUUGUCCAGGAGGCUCCGAAGAAACCGGCUGCCUCCUCGGCGGGGAAACGGGGGAGCAACAACCGGGCGGGCGGCCAGCAGCGACAGUCCGCCGCACCUGGAGGUCCCCCAGGCAAAGGUGCUAAAGACAGCAACGCUACAGGUGAAGAGGAGGAGAGGAAGGAGCGCGAGCGGAUCCAGAAGGAGGAAGAGGAGAGAAAAAUUAAACUUCAGAUUUAUGUGUUUGUCCUGCGGUGCAUAGCCUACCCGUUCAACGCCAAGCAGCCCACCGACAUGGCCCGGCGGCAGCAGAAGGUGAACAAGCAGCAGCUGCAGGCGGUGAAGGAACGUUUCCUGGCUUUUCUCAACGGAGAAACUCAGAUUGUGGCCGAUGAAGCUUUCUGCAAUGCUGUGAGGAGCUACUAUGAGGGUUUCCUGAAGAGUGAGCGGGUUUCCAGGAUGGUCCAGAGCGGCGGCUGCUCAGCCAACGACUUUCGCGAGGUCUUCAAGAAGAACAUCGAGCGGCGCGUCAGAAGCCUCCCAGAGAUCGACGGCCUGAGCAAAGAGACGGUGCUGAGCUCCUGGAUCGCCAAAUACGAUGCCAUCUACAGGGGGGACGAGGACAUGCGGCGUCAGCCACAGCGGGCGCACCUGAGCGCUGUGUCUGAGCUCAUCCUCAGUAAGGAGCAGCUGUACGAGAUGUUCCAGCAGAUCCUCGGCAUCCGCAAGUUUGAGCACCAGCUGCUGUACAACGCCUGCCAGCUGGACAACGUGGACGAGCAGGCGGCUCAGAUCCGCAGAGAGCUGGAUGGAAGGUUACAGCUGGCCGAGAAGAUUUCCAGAGAGAGGAGAUAUCCAAAGUUUGUCUCUGGUGACAUGGAGCCUCUUUAUGUGGAGGAGCUGCGUUCGUCGGUCAACCUGCUCAUGGCCAACCUGGAGAGUCUGCCGGUGUCCAAAGGAGGUCCCGACUUCAAACAGAAGCUCAAACGAUCCUCCAUGAACAACUCCUUCCUGGACAUGGGAGACGAGGGGGACAUCCUGUCCAAGUCUGAUGUCGUGCUGUCCUUCACUCUGGAGAUUGUGAUAGUGGAGGUCCAGGGUCUGAAGUCUGUGGCUCCAAACCGGAUCGUUUACUGCACCAUGGAGGUGGAGGGAGGAGAAAAGCUGCAGACAGAUCAAGCUGAAGCCUCCAGACCACAGUGGGGGACUCAGGGGGACUUUACCACGACUCACCCCCUGCCCUCGGUCAAAGUGAAGCUGUUCACAGAGAGCACCGGGGUCCUGGCUCUGGAGGAUAAGGAGCUGGGCCGGGUGGUCUUGAAUCCAACCACGAAUGGGCCGAAGCAGGCCGAGUUCCACCGGAUGGUCGUCCCGAAGAACAGCCAGGACACAGAGCUGAAGAUCAAACUGGCUGUUCGCAUGGACAAGCCACCCAACAUGAAGCACAGCGGGCACCUGUAUGCUUUGGGACAAAGAGUCUGGAAACGCUGGAAAAGAAGAUAUUUUGUUCUUGUUCAGGUGAGUCAGUACACAUUUGCCAUGUGCAGCUACAGAGAGAAGAAGGCAGAGCCUCAGGAGUUGAUGCAGCUGGAGGGCUACACAGUGGACUACUGCGACCCACAACCAGGUCUUCAGGGUGGCCGGGUGUUUUUUAAUGCGGUGAAGGAGGGCGACCUGGUGAUGUUUGCCUGUGACGACGAGCAGGACCGGAUGCUGUGGGUCCAGGCCAUGUACCGAGCCACUGGACAGUCCUACAAACCAAUCCCACCGACGCAGAACAAAACCACAAACUGCAGAGGAGGAAUCCAGAAACCAGCAUCCCCCAUCAGUCUGGAUCCAUCUCAGCGCCAGGGGGUGGAGGAGCUGAUCUCUGCAGCUCCGUGUCGCUUCGACCACGCCGCCCUGUUCACCAUUUUACAGAAAAACACUCUGCAGCACCGCAUGAACGACUCCUUCUCCUGCCUGGGUUGGUUCAGCCCCGGUCAGGUGUUUGUCCUGGAUGAGUACUGUGCUCGAUAUGGUGUUCGAGGCUGCCACCGUCACCUGAGCUACCUGAAGGAUCUGAUGGAUUAUUCAGAGAACAACGCGUUGGUCGACCCCACUCUGCUGCACUACAGCUAUGCCUUCUGCGCCUCCCAUGUCCAUGGAAACAGGCCUGAUGGGAUGGGGACGGUGACCGUGGAGGAAAAAGAGCACUUUGAGGCCAUCAGGAGUCGGCUAAUGACUCUUCUGGAGAACCAGAUCACACAUUUUAGGUACUGCUUUCCCUUUGGACGACCAGAUGGGGCCCUGAAGGCAACGCUCUCCCUGCAGGAACGGGUGUUGAUGAAGGACAUCACCACUCCUGUUCCCCCAGAGGAUAUGAAGAAACUUGUGCAGAAAUGUCUGGAAAAAGCAGCUCAAAUCAACUACAGUCAGCUGAUUGAAUACGCUCAGAUCAAAGUGGAUGCUCAGGCAGCUCCAGAGAAGAGGCUUGAGGACAUGAUGCGUCUGGGAGAACUCUGCAUCGAAGUCCUGCAGCAGAACGACGAGCAUCACUCCGAGGCUUUCUCAUGGUGGCCGGAGCUGAUGGCUGAACAUGCUGAGGCAUUUCUGUCUCUGUACAGAGCCGACAUGGACGCUGCGCUGCAGGUCCAGCCUGUCGACUCCUGGGACAGCUUCCCACUAUUCCAGCUUCUCAACAACUUCCUGCGAACCGAUCCUCACCUGUGCAAUGGGACGUUCCACAAGCACCUGCAGGACCUGUUCGUCCCCCUGGUGGUGCGCUACAUCGACCUGAUGGAGUCGUCCAUCGCCCAGUCCAUCCACCGUGGCUUUGAGCAGGAAACCUGGCAGUCCGUCAAGUCGUUAACUAACAAUCUAGCGAGCGUUCCUCUUCCCAAAGUACCCAGCCUCCCUCUCACGCUGCCACAGAUGCCCAGCUUCUCCACACCCGCCUGGAUGGGACCGCUGUGUGAGAACACCUUGCAAGGAAUAAAUCUACCUGACAUCUUUAAUGGCUCAGCCACAUCGGAGGAUUUGUUCUGGAAGCUGGACGCUCUGCAGAUGUUCGUUCUGGACCUCCAUUGGCCUGAGCCUGAGUUCGCCAAACAUCUGGAGCAGAGACUCAAACUGAUGGCCAGCGACAUGAUGGAGGCCUGCGUCAAAAGAACAAAAUCUGCAUUUGAUGCCAAAAUGCAGAAAGCAAGUAAGUCAACAGACUUCCGGGUGCCACUGUCAGUCUGCACUAUGUUCAACGUGCUGAUGGACGCCAAGAAGCAGUGCUCCAAACUCUGCGUGCUGGACACCGGUGAGGAGAUUGACAAACAAUGGCAACAGUACCACUCCAAAAUCGAUGUUCUGAUUGACGAGGCGUUUAAAGACAUGAUUUCCUCCCUCGUCUCAAAGUUUGCUGCUGUUUUAGACUGCGUCCUCUCCAAGCUCUCGAGAUACGAUGAAGGGACAUUCUUCUCUUCAAUCCUCUCUUUCACAGUGAAAGCAGCUGCCAAAUAUGUGGAAGUCCCUAAACCAGGGAUGGAUCUGGCCGACACUUACAUCACCUUCGUACGGCAGAACCAGGACAUCCUCCGAGACCGUGUUAACGAUGAGCUGUACAUCGAGAAGGUGUUUGAUCAAUGGUACACCGGCUCCACGAAGGCUGUGUGUGUUUGGCUGACAGACAGACUGGACCUGCAGCUCCACAUGUACCAGCUGAAAACACUCAUCAAGAUUGUGAAGAAGACCUACCGUGACUUCAGGCUGCAGGGCGUCCUGGAUGGCACGCUGAACAACAAGAGCUACGAGACCAUCUACAACCGGCUUACAGUGGAGGAAGCCACAGCGGCUGUCAAAGCGGGAGACGGCCUGCAGGGUAUCAGCAUGAGAGACAGCGAUGAGGAGGACGAUUAAACACACACAUUUCAUACUUUCACACACUGUGUUACUGCUUGAUUAUCAUCCUCUCUUACAGAUCAGGACCUUAUAUUACAGUUAAUGAUAUGCGUCCUCUAUAGUGAACUCUACUGAAACUACAGUAACAAAUGUAAUAUUAUAAUAAGGCCCUGAAAAUGAAAAAGAAACAUCAAAACAAAAUGUCAUGCUAACUUUAGCUAGCUGUUCUCCACUGAACUCCACUUCAUUCAGUCUAAAUCAAUAUAAACUAAAACUAAUCAGAAAUGUAUAUCUGGCCGCUGAGCAAAACACUUGCUGUGUGAUUAACUGCAGGGAUAGGUAAUGUUAGAUAGCGAGCCAACCCCUUUUAGCUCACUCAUCAUCUCCUGAUGGAAAAUAUAAACAAAAACAUAUCUGACACUGUAGGUGACUAAUAUAAUUUCAUCAUAAUGUACACAAAGGGAUACCUGUCACCUGGUAUCAGGACAAGUCACACUCACAAUAGAUUAGCUAGCAGACCAUGUUGUUAAUGCAUGUUCUCUGUUCAACACUUACAACCGCAGUAAACCUCUUUAAAGGUGCAGUGUCCAAGUUUAGGAGGAUCUAUUGGUAAAAAUGGAAUAUAAUAUGCAUAACUUUGUUAUCAUUAGUAUACAAUCACCUGCAUAUAGGAACCAUUGUGUUUUUGUGACCUCAGAAGGAGCCAUUUUAUACCAUUUUAUCCUUUCGCACUUGGAAGGGGAGGGUGAAGCGAGGGGGUUUCAAUCUGCAACUACACUGCUAGAUGCCACUAAACCCUACAGGAAAACGAUAGAAAGAAGAAAUGGUUAUCAGGCACAAUGUGCUUCUUAACAGCAAAGCAAGCUACACUAAUGUUAGCUAGUAAGUUAUUUUCUAAUAAAGUUUGCUUCACUCAGUCACACUCAAGAACAAAAAUUUGAAAUCUGAACUCUUUAAAAAGGUAAAAAUUUGAUAAAGAUACAUCGUGACCAGACCUGAAUUAAAGUUAUACCCCUGAUUUGAAUUUAACGUUACGUAAGCUGGCUGACGUUAAUUUAAUAGCUAUCAUAUUUCUAAAUAACAGGACACAUUCAUUCAGACAGCUGUUGUUAGGUGAUGAUGGACACAUUUAGAACAGUUACAGUCAUAAUAGAUAAUGGAGUCCAGCAGUUACAUAGCUUUCUUGGCCUACCAUAAAAAUAACUCCACAGAAAUUCUGCAUCAGCUUUUUGAUUUAAAUACAAAUUUAUCAUGAGGAGAACUAAAUAAAGAAAUCUUCACAAAUUAAAGGAUAGGGCUGGCAUUGUUGUAUAUUUUUCUUUAACAAAUCCAAAGAAAAGACCAAAACCAACAAUGUUGUUGUCAAUUUCUCAAUACUUUCCAACUUCUCUACCCUGUGUGAUUCAUCAUGGAGGUGAAAAGGUGAACCCUUUUUAUGCUUUACAGCCACAUACCUUAUUUUCUCUUUAGACUGAAAACUUUGAUGCUCAAAAAAAUCUUUUGAAAAAAACUACAACGUCAUGCUUCACACUGUUUCUCUCCGACUCCUCCGUGCAGAGUGCAGUUGCACAUGUGCAGUAGAGGUAACAUAUCAUGCAUUAUGACUGAAUGUCCUGAUCAGGUAAGGAUGAAUGCUCAGGUAGUGACACCCUCCGCCCCCUGAGCGCUGCUGUUCAUACGUGUUGAAACGUACGUACAUGAGUGAGAAUGUACGAUAGUGUCAAGGUGAGGCAAGGCAUCUGAAGGACACUCUGGAUGGUGCUGAGACAAACGUGGUCCUCCCUCUCUCACCUGCAGGACAGGAAGCCCCGCCCUCCACAUGCAGCCAUACUCUACUCUCUGAUGUCACUUUGUACAGUAGAGCUCAGCGAUCACCACCAGUGCAGCUCCUUCCUGUUUGGUUUUCAUCCAGUUAUAGCUUAUUGUUGAAAGCGUGAAAGGCUCCGGCAGCUCAGAAACCCCAGCGUCGGAGUGACCUUGCCACAAUUUAUGGCAUUUUACUGAAAGCAACAGCAGCUAAAUUAACUAACGAGAUUUCUUUUUAUUUGACAGGAGGCUUGGAAUUGUAAGGGUUUAUUUGACUGUUUUAAUCAAAGUUACAUCAGCAUGACUGCCUGAACAAUAUCACCAUUCUUUUCACUGGAAUAGUGGGAAAAUCUGCAUAACACAACUUACAAUGCCAACGUUUCUGCACUAGUGUGUCUUUUAUGUAGUGAAACAGAAAGUAAAGUCGGGGUGGUAUAUAGAUUUAAGCAAGUGUUUUAGUUGCCUAAGAGUACCCAGACCUUAAAGGAUUAUUAUGGUUUUUAUCACCGUUUGGAUCUUUGUUCAUAGAUAGACAAUAAUAUUUUUACUGUUCCCCUUCAUUUUCCGUUUGUCUGACUGCCCGUGCUUUUUGGACUAUUGCACUUCCAAUAACUUUGAAUGUUAUUGUAAAUUGACGGUCGAUAGACCCAAUUUGUAAUAAACAAGGAGUAUCAUUUACCUUGAGCUUAACCACACGUUCCACAAUAAUCUUUCUGUAACACAAAAUAAGUAUUGAACAUUAGCGUUUCAUGCUCAGAAGCUUUGUCACAAAAUCAAGGGUUUUCUGGAGCCGUCUGUCAAGGUUUUUUGUGGCAAUAGUUUUGAACUUUCAGAACAAAAAACCAAAUGACUUUAUAGCUUCAUGUUUGAUGUUCAGUGUCUCUGCAGUAGAACUCUUAUAACUCCAAGCUAAUAAAACGUUGCUGCUGUAGUUUCUGAAUCUGAACCUUUGGUAGCUCAAAAUGUCAGAUCGGUGGCCUCAGGUGGAAGAAAAGAUGCAAAUACACAAAAUAUUUCUACUCUGGUUGUCCACUGUAAAAUGAAAUAUCACUAAAACAGGUUUCUGGGUUCUGUGAAACAGAUCUACACAAAAGUUUCAUUACUCGAAGGUCUUAAAAAGUGCUGAAACGGCAUCCGAACUCUCUGAUUGGAGAAUAAUUGUUCAGAAUCAUGACUACAUGUCGAUGUAGUUGUAGAUCUGCUGUCAUCUCUGUUCAUUGUGAUAGUUACUGUUGUGAAGAAUAAUAUUGAGCUGUAGAGUGAUAUGGUCUUACUGCCUGAUGUGCAUCAUAUCCAACAUCGAUCAAAGUCUUAGAAAUGUGCCAACAAACUGGAAAAGUUUGGACUUUUUUUCAACAUGAACUUCUUCAGAGAAUGUGGAUCUGUUUUAAUCUGAUUGAUGUGUUUAAUCUGAUCAACUGUGAGCAGACAAAGCAUCUCAUCUUUGCUGUGCGUUCACUGCUGUCUGUUUGCGUGUUGUCGUUGACAAUAUUCAGUGUAAGCCUCUGAUGGACUGUGUGCAACAACCUGCUGUUUGUUUUAACUGUCCGAUCCAGUUUGUGUCAGUGCAGUUCAAAGGACAAAAACUAAAGGACAAAAAUCUAUAUGAAGAAGUAUAUUUAUAUUGUCUUAUUGUGCACCUGUUUUGUUCAGGUGUCUUAUCUAAGUGUCACUAUUAAAAGUGUUUUUAAAGCA